AUGAAAAACAAUAACACGGACGGCAAAGGAAGAGCUAGACCGAGAAUUUCUGCAUCUGCGAGCGACCAAUCUCAUCUCCAAGCUUUCGUCGAGCUGCCUGUCUUCUGCCUUCACUGCAGCACUAUAAUCGAAGCCAUGGUCGAGAUCAACGAUCUAGGCUCUGACUGGGAUCUGCAGGUGGGUUCCGCCGAUCUUUGGCAUCACACCAUCAGCCUUGGAGGUAGCUAUGCCUUCAGACCAUGA